AUGCCACGAGAGACAGCAAGCUGUUGGACAUGUCGCAUACGCCACAAGAAAUGCGACGAAUCACUACCCGUCUGUAAUGUCUGCGCAGGUCUUGAGAUCACCUGCUUCUCCGGCCAAGAGACCCCGGAAUGGAUGGAUGGCGGCCUGCAACAGCAGGCUAUGACUGAUAAGCUCAAGGCUGAAGUUACGAAAAGUGCCAAGUUGAGGAGGGCUCGAAGGGUUGUGCAGCGUAUCGUCGGAGAUGCCCACGCCAAUGACCUUCUGCCGCCGUCGUCAACAACUUCGGGGUCUACCGAGGUCACCACGAGAUACUCUCUGAGACAAAACCCUUUAGCAACUGUUACGCAGUCCCAGAUAUCCCCGAGCAGUGACUUCCAGUCUCAGUCACUUCCUCAUUCCAACGAUUGGACACCCCAUUUCGGUCCCCAGGAAUCCGCUACCGGCCCGGGGAAGUCUACACCACAACUCCCAACUGAGUUGGAGCAGUGUUACAUCUCAGCAUAUCUGGACUACAUAUUUCCAACAUUAUUCCCCUUUUACUAUCCAUCCAUCCUCGAAGGCGGUAGAAGCUGGAUGCUCGUUCUUACUCUGGCCAACAAAUCGCUUUCUCAUGCGGCUACUAGCCUCGCUUCACAUUUCUUGGCUAUCGUGCCAGUACAGCGCCGCCACUCAGAGAGACCCAAGUGCGUAUCUCGAGUCGAAGCUGAACUGCAAGAGCAGACGCACAUAGCAAUGCAAAAGGCACAACAAGACGUUAAGGAGGUCAUCGGCCGGGGCGUACACGAAGACUUGAUCACCAGCAUCAGGCUAUACGACAGUAUUGUGCAUCUGCUGUACUUGGAAGCAACCUUUGGCACGUCAGAGAAUUGGACUAUGCACUUGGAUGCGGGUAUCAUGCUGUUGGAACAAACACUGCACGAGGUCAAUGGCGAAGAGUUCCAAGACUCUAAAUGGUCCGCUACUUGCCGGAAGGUUGGCAGACUCGCUUAUCCCCACAUGAAAAACCCUCCACAAUUUCCGGCAUGGACACCUGAUCAGAGCUCCUUUAGGUUCUUCACGGCUCUUCUUAUAGUCCAUGACCUUGUGGCGAGCACAUCCCUCGGAAACCCGCCGCGGUUACAGACAUACUACCAAGAUAUGCUUGUUGCUGAAGGCAAGCCCGAAGAGAUUCCGAACAGGGACUGUAGUCUUCGCUUGGAUAGCUUCAUUGGCUGUCAGAACUGGGCUAUGAUCUUGAUAGCAGAAGUGGCAUCGUUAGACAGUUGGAAAAAGCAUAUGCGUGAACGGGGAUCCUUCUCAAAUCUCGAACUGUUUAGAAGGGGCGGGGAAAUCGAAAUGAAGUUCAGAGAAGGCCUGAGUCGACUGGGCGUGGAAGGUCCUAAGAUACGGGAUCAGAGACCGCCCUGGCUAGCUGACUCCCGAUUAGCUGAAGAAGAAUCUAAAGCAAUCGUCUUAGUCACGCAGGUAUGGGCUCAUGCUGGGCUCAUUUAUCUCCACGUCGUCCUCUCAGGCUGGCAGCCAGACAGCAUGGAGAUCAGCGACUCGGUGACACGGAACCUGGAGUCGAUGACGAAGCUGAGGAAUCCCCGUUGGCUACAUACACUCGCCUGGCCUAUCUGUGUCACUGCCUGUUUGGCCAAGGAGGAACAGGAAGGCCUGGUUGGCGAAGUCUUUGAUCUAAUGGGAGAUCUUGCGAAUUUUGGUUCCGUAAGAUUGGCAAGAGAGGUAUUUGAAGCCGUCUGGCUAAGGAGACACAACGCCAUUGUUGAGUCUUGGGAUGUGGAGGCCUGCUUGAACGUUCUAGGUCGCCGGGUUCUUCUGGGAUGA